AGUAGUCGAGCUAUUUCAUGUCCAGUCACAUUCUUAUAAGUUUUCUUUGUUACUUCUUCUUGAUCAAGAUAUAUUUCCAUCUUUUUUAGCAAACCUUGGUUACACUUAUAGCUAGUUUUAGUGUGGUGAUAAUGGAUAACGUAAUCGCCAUGCAAGAGACCCGAUAUAACAACGGAUUAAGUACCUACAAGAAGCCAUUUCUUCAAUUUCUUGAUCGCCUUUCGUUUUCUAUUCUUGUAGUUGUUUUUUGCGUUAUAAUAUUGUUUAGCCCGCUUUGGCUUCAAGUUGUUAACAGUUUCUUGUUCACCAUCCCUAGAGUUAUUACAUGCUAUAUCUUAAACCCUAAGGUUUUAUUCGUUCUGACAAAUAUCAUCGUGAUCACCCUCAUUGGAGAAUCAAGGAUUUCUAGUUCAAGCUCUUCUCUUCCAGCUAGCGAGUUACGCAAAGAAUUCAGUGUAAGAAGCCAAUUUUGUGACUCGUGGUCUCAUGGGAACGUGAGGGUAGAAAUGGGAUGUCAACGAUUUUCGAAAGAGUAUAUUGAUCGACCGAGGCUCGACGAGGGUAAGAGAUGGAAGCUUAGUCCGUUGCACAAUAUGGAUCCAUUGAACCAUAUGGAUCAGGGCUGAUGAUCUGAUCGCUCGUGUGAACAGACAGAGGAGGCUUGAAAUUGGGCUUUUACAUCAUAGGCGGUAGCCGUAUAUCAUAGUAAUACAUGGCCAAAUGUGGAGAAAAAGCAUUUUCUG